CAACCUCGCAUUGCAUGCCGGGAUAUGUAGCGCUGUUGUUUACAAGAUGGUAGAGGAUAAUAUUUUGCCCUGACAUAGAAUUAAAGUCUCAUGACUUCCUGACGUUGUCACAUUACAGCGUAUUUACUUGUGGUGAACAAAGUGAUCCUGAAACGGAGCGACGGAAGCUCGGGUGGACUGAAUGUCGCUGAAACAGCCGCUGUCAGACUGACCGAGAGAUUUUUGCACUGUCACUGACAGAGGCAGAACUAUCCUUCAAAAAAUCACAGGUCGGUACAUGAAGCUGGUCGAGACGUGACACUGCAUGUAACGUUGUUUCACACGGUUCACAUUGUCUGCUUGGUCCGUCGAUAAUAAAUUAGCUGGAGGUGGUAAAGUGGACCGUCCUUUGUGCCUGCAUAAGGAUCCCUGAAUCCAGCCGAAUGAACAGAGCGACUGCAAAGCAUCUAAUUGAGCGCUACUUUCGGCAGUUAACUGAGGGCUGUGGAAAUGGCAACUGCACGAAUGAGUUUUGCGCAUCAUGUUGUGAUUUUCAACCUUUGGAUAACAAUUCAGCUGCUGCCAAAGCACUUGAGCUGUUUAAGAUUAAUGCCAAACUCUGUCCUCACCCCUCCAAGAAAGAAUCUGACACCUCCCACCCAGACUCCAGUGCUGACGAAAACACUCAGCUGGACAGUAAUAUGAGUGAUAAGGACCUUUUUCCCCCCAAGGAGGACUUCUCAGAUGUGCAUUACCUCACAGAAAACACUGUAUGUAUGAUCCUGAGUGUCUGUGAGGAGAAAGGGGACUACUCUGCUCUCAUCCGUGUCAUUGGCAGAGUUUUCUCCAAUGCAGAAGCGUUGAUGAAGAGUUUUAGGAAGAAUGAACCAAACACCACUGAAAACCUGGGCUCUUGUACACCAACAGAUGGGAACGAGCAGGAGAAGCACAGUGAGCAACCCCCGGAAAAGAUGGGUGCCUCCUCUGCAGCUGCUUUACCAAAUGAGUCUCCUAAUGAAAUGUUUAACCCCUGUGAGGUUACUGUGGACAUUGAUGCCGUGAGGAGAGUCUAUGACAGACUUCUAACCAUCGACCAGGUGGAGACAGCUCUUGUGAACGCACUUGUUUACCUCACUCCAAAUAUGGAACUUGACCUGGAAUACCUUGAUGUAUAUGAAACAAACCCAGAUUACCUGAACAUCUUCAUCAUUGUUAUGGAGAACAGUAAUCUUCACAGUCCAGAGUACCUUGAAGUGGCUUUGCCACAGUUCUGCAAGGCAAUGAGCAAACUGCCAGUGACUGCACUUGCAAGACUGUCAAAGCUCUGGUCAACGUACAGUCUCCCACACAUCCGCCGUAUGAUGGAGACCUUCCAACAGCUCAUCACUUUCACAGUUGUCAGCAAUGAAUACGAUGCUGAGAAUCUGGUGAAUGAUGACGAGACUGUGGUGGCUGCAACCCAGUGUUUAAAGAUUGUCUUCUAUGCAAGUAUCCUGGGUGGUGACGUGGAUAUUGAGCACAACGAGGAAGACGAGGAGGAUGAGGAGUCCGAUGAGCUCACCCUGCAUGAACUGCUAGGUGAGGAGCGGCUCUAUAAGAAGAGUCCUCGGAUUGAUCCUUUGGAGAAAGAACUGGGAGUUCGGCCUAUCGAUAGCAGAAGACCCCUCAUCCCCUCUGAGGAUUUUAUUAACGAGUCACUGAAUGACGUAGUGGAGAUGGACAAAGAUUUCACCUUCUUCAAAGUCAAUGCUGAAACUAAGUUUUCUUUUCAGAGCUGCCCCUUCAUCCUCAAUGUCAUCACCAAGAACCAAGGACUGUACUAUGACAACAGAAUCAGGAUGUACAGCGAGCGACGCCUCACCGCCCUCUACAGCAUGGUUCAGGGCCAGCAGCCCAACCCCUAUCUUAAGCUUAAAGUUCGCAGAGAUCACAUCAUCGAUGACGCCCUCGUCAGCCUGGAGAUGAUUUCCAUGGAGAACCCAUCAGACCUGAAGAAGCAGCUGUUUGUUGAGUUUGAGGGGGAGCAAGGUGUAGACGAAGGGGGCGUAUCAAAGGAGUUCUUUCAGUUGGUCUUGGAGGAAAUCUUCAAUCUCGACAUAGGAAUGUUCACCUACGACGAGGAUACAAAACUUUUCUGGUUCAAUUCAUCCUCACUUGAGAAUGAAGCACAGUACACUCUUAUUGGAAUCGUCCUAGGGCUCGCCAUUUACAACAACUGCAUUCUGGAUGUCCAUUUCCCUAUGGUUGUCUACAGGAAACUCAUGGGCAAGAAAGGGACCUACUUGGACCUGUCAGACUCACAUCCAGCUCUCUACCAAAGCCUGAAGGGAUUGCUUGAGUAUACUGGCAAUGUGGAGGAAGACAUGAUGCUCACCUUCCAGAUAUCACACACAGAUCUUUUUGGAAACCCAAUAUUGUAUGACUUGAAGGAACAGGGAGACCAGAUCCCUGUAACCAAGGAGAAUAGACAGGAGUUUGUGGAUCUGUAUGCUGAAUACAUACUGAACAAGAGUGUGGAGAGACAAUUCAGAGCCUUCAAAAAAGGUUUCCUCAUGGUCACAAAUGAGUCCCCACUGAAAUAUUUGUUUAGACCAGAGGAAGUAGAGCUCCUUAUUUGUGGAAGCAGGAAACUUGACUUUGAAGCACUUGAAAAGACCACAGAAUAUGAUGGAGGCUAUAGCAAAGAUAGUCAAAUUAUCAAAGAUUUCUGGGAAACAAUUCACUCAUUUAGAGAGGAGCAGAAGAGGUUGUUUCUUCAGUUUACCACUGGCACAGACAGAGCACCAGUUGGUGGGCUUGGCAAAUUAAAAAUGAUUAUCGCCAAGAACGGCUCAGACACAGACAGGCUACCAACUUCUCACACAUGCUUUAAUGCUCUGCUGCUCCCAGAAUACUCCUCCAAAGAAAAACUGAAAGAAAGACUCCUCAAGGCCAUCACUUAUGCCAAAGGAUUUGGGAUGCUGUGACAGAUCCACAAGGAAAAGUUUUCUGACUGCAUUUUAACAAAAAAGGGAGUAUUACAACAAUACAGAGGGAAAUGCCAUGAAACAAAAUGCUGCAGUAAUCCUGUGCCUAACCAACCUCUACCAAGUCAAGCUCCACUGUCAGCCUUUAACUUGCUCCCUUUGAGAGUCAGUUUCAUAUAUAUUAUGUUUCCCAAGGAGUUUAACACUGCACUUAGUUAUUACUUAGUUCAUUUAUCACAUGUAUUUUGUUUCUGAGCAAACAUAAAGAAGAUUUAAUUUGUGAAAGUGCACUUAUACACAGGAUUUUAAUGAAUGCCGACACACAUACAUUACUGAUUUAGUUUGACUCGUCAUAUUUUUUGCAGCUCUUCUUAAUGUAGCAGUAAUCAGUCCUCAGGUCAUCUUUUUACAACUGAGUGGACUGGGGAUAAUGGUGCUUCUUGGUUAUGAUUGUCAUUGUGGUAUAUUGAGGUGAAGCCUUUUAUAUUACACUUACUGACAAGCUUAUAAUUAAACUAUUUCCUGUCAGUCCGAGAACACACUCACCUCUAACCUAAAGGUUGUUUUAAAGUAUUUCUUUGUUGUGCCUUUUGUGUUAAAUCUAAAAUGAAUACUGUGUGUGGUGAAAAGUGAACUUGACCAGAUGGUUUGAUUUCAGUAGUUUGCAGCGUUUCAGAAUGUGUUCACUGACUGGUCAGUUCAGAUUUUCACAUCCUGAAAAAGUUUUUCUCUUCUCUUGGUUUGUUGUUAAGUAUUACUGACUGCACAAAAGUAUGUGAGGAUAAGAGUCACAUGAAAUGUUUUAUUUGGCCAAAUAUCUCAGGUACAUAAAGAAUGUGCAGAUAAUGUGAAACUCUUAUGUAAAGCAACAAUUAUGCAAAGUGAAUAAAGGUGAAAAAAAUCUAUAAA